AGUAAAACCAAGAGUGUCAGUGAGAUCUCACGCGUCCGACAUGGCCACAGAUAACAUAACCGCUUUAUUGUACAAAACAAAUGAUUUGCGUUUGGUACAAACACCGAUCCCUGAAAUAUCUGAUAACGAGGUCCUGCUGCGUAUGGACUGCGUGGGUAUCUGCGGGUCAGACAUCCAAUACUGGCAGAAGGGUCAAUGCGGACACUUCGUGCUGCAAAAACCAAUGAUCAUGGGACACGAAGCUUCAGGAGUAGUGGCUAAGAUCGGUUCAAAAGUCAAGAAUCUGACAGUUGGUGAUCGAGUGGCCAUAGAGCCCGGCGUGCCGUGUCGGUACUGCGAGUUCUGUAAGACAGGACGGUACCACCUAUGCCCCGACAUGAUCUUCUGCGCCACGCCCCCAGUACACGGAAACCUCGUCAGAUAUUACAAGCACGCAGCCGAUUUUUGCUUCAAGCUUCCUGAUCACGUGACCAUGGAAGAAGGAGCGCUACUGGAGCCCCUCGCGGUGGGCAUUCACGCGUGCAAGAGGGGCGGAGUCUCGGCGGGACACGUGGUGCUGGUACUGGGAGCGGGACCCAUCGGCCUCCUUACCAUGCUCACAGCUAAAGCCUUUGGAGCACACAAAGUACUCAUAAUAGAUAUUCUUCAGAGCCGUUUGGAUUUCGCCAAGUCGUUAGGCGCCGACUACACACUUCUCAUAGGCAAGGACUCGAACGAGGCUGAGCUGGUGAGGAAGAUUCAUGCGCUACUGGAGGGACAUCCUGACGUGUCGUUCGACGUGAGUGGGGCCCAGACCACCAUCAGAUUAGCAUUGCUGGCCACGAAGUCUGGCGGCGUGGCGGUGCUGGUCGGCAUGGGAGCGCCCGAGCAGACCGUGCCGCUCGCGGGCGCCCUCUCGCGGGAGGUCGACAUCCGGGGCAUCUUCCGAUACGUUAACGACUACCCCACUGCACUAGCGAUGGUAGCGAGUGGGAAAAUAAACGUGAAGCCGCUGGUCACCCACCACUUCAGCAUCGAGGAGAGCCUGGAGGCGUACGAAGUGGCGCGCCAGGGGGCCGGCAUCAAGGUCAUGAUCCACGUCCAGCCGCGAGACACAAACAACCCACAAAAGUUCUGA